GAUUCUAAGCUUAGUGGUCGACCAGCACUAAGUAAAAUUUCAGCAAUAAAUAUCAACCUCACAAAAUCCACCUUGGUUUUGCGAAUCAAAUACGUUUAACUUAAAAAAAAGAGCUGCAUGUGGAAUGGAAUAGAAAUUUGGUGUUUAUUGUUGACGUUUGAGCGAUAUUUUUGCCUGUAGAUAUUAAUUAAUAGAUUGUUGCAUAUGCCAAAGUAGACUCUUUGUAAAAAUUCCAGUGAAUCUUAACCUUCGCCGCUGUUUUCUAAGUAAUAACUAAUCGUGCGAUAUCAUACGUAGUUUCGGUUCUUAACGUUCGGUAUUAGUUGCAGUUGUCCACGAAAACACAGUGGAUACGAAAAGUGACAGCCGAAACUGACCCCCGCGCCCCGCCGACCGCUGUCACAUUUCAUUUUUUUUUUUUGUACGGCGAGGAAAGCGACAUUUUCUUCGAAAGGUUGCGCCCAGACUGCAAAAAUGAUAAUAAACCUCAAAGUUAAGACCCUAGAUGCGCGCACCCACGAAUUCAGCAUCGACAAUGAGAUCACGAUACGUCAGUUCAAGGACCAAAUAGCCGAAAAGACCAGCAUUGCUGCCGAAAACCAGAGAAUCAUCUACCAGGGAAGGGUCCUAGCUGACGAGAAGCAAGUGAAGGAAUAUGAUGUGGACGGCAAGGUGCUCCAUGUGGCCGAGCGCCCACCAUUUUCUCAGCGUGGAGCCAACUCCCGGAAUAACGAUGAGCCCAUGCGCACUUUCCGCAACCGGCCGCAGGCUGGAAUGCGGACUUCGCCGUACUUCCGGGCUCUGGACGGAAUGCUUGUUGGCACAAUGGCUAUACCCGUGAAUAAUGGUCCUGUUGCAACAACACGCAAUCCCCCCAAUCGCUAUCCCAACUCGUCGUCCUUCUGCAUCAACCGCAUCACCGUGGCCAUGCACAUGAUCGAUUGUGCCGCCAACAUAGCCGCCUAUCUGGAAAACCCCGCCGUGGGCCUGAACAACCAAUCUCUGGAUAUCCUGCAGCGUGGUCGCUGGUCCAUGGAAUCCACUGUAGUCGAAGUGGGUGUCUCCUCCACGGAUCUCCCACGCAACAACAACAUUAUUGACAUGGUCCAGGAUGCCGUGACAGCGGCCCUUUCGCGUACUGGAGCUCGAAACUACACCGUGGUUCAAUUACCCACAGUUUACACCAACGAGAGCGGUGAAACUACCCAGCAACGUGCCGGCGAAGCGGCCAACGAUGCAGCACCUUCCGGAUCGGCUAACGAAGCCGGUGGCGAGACUACAGCCGCCACUGUCAUCAUAGAGGAUGUGAUUGAAACCGAUGACGAGGCUGCCGAUGGAUCUUCAGACCGUUCGACAACUCCCACAGUAGAGGUGGAUGUUGAUGUAGCUGUUGGUGGUCAACCUGCUGCUGGUGCUACUGCUGCAACUUUCACCCCUGCUGUUGCUGCUGCCGCCAGCUCAACCACAGGAAACGGCGGGGAGGCUGGAGCCGCUCCAGCUGCCGGAGAAGGCACUGUGAAUGCAGGACCCAGGCGUCGCACUCGGCCUCAAGUAUUGGCCCAAGUCAUUCAGCACUUCCGUAACACCCAGACGCGUCUAUCGCCAUUUGUGGAUCGCUACUAUGAUAUCCUUCAGAAUGAUCCGACCUUCGAGGAAAGUGACACCACGGGGCGCGAGAAUGCCCAGCGCAUAUUUGACCGGGUCUCAGAGGCCUUCCACUACCUCUCCCAUGCCCAGCAUGCGAUUUCUGACCUGAUGCUGGACCUUUCACAGCCAGGACCGCGGGUGCUCACCUGCCGACCGAUUCUUGUCGAGCAAAGCGGCUACAUACGCUCCAACAACAUCUUUGCUCCCAACUUUUUGGCUCCACCACCGGGCCUCCUCAACGAGGUGGCCUUCAGGGCUGGGGCAGCAGCCAAUGCUGCUACUACCAACAGAGCAGCCGCCCCGAACGCUGCAGCCACUUCGAAUGCAACUACCACGCCGCAGGCCAACAAUCUGCAGACUGCCACCGAAGCUAGUCGCAGCGCAGUGGCCAUGGCUGAGAUUGCCAGUCGGGCUGCUGGAGCCGCUGCUGAAAUGGCGGCCGGAGCUGCCAGUGCCGCGGCUGCUGCUGCCGCUGCAGGUCUAGCCGGUAUGGCUACCGACCGUGUAGAGGAUCCCGUUGAUGAGCCCAUGGUGGUACCAAAUGCAGCUAACCAAGGACAGCAGCCACGACCGAACGAAAUGGAUCACGAUCACGAUCAAAGUGCUGAUCAGAUUCCUGAUCAGACCAACGAUCAAGAGCCCAGAGCAGCUCCUCCCAGGCUGCGUGUUUAUGUGCCAGUGACCCUGCCACCGCCCAAUCCUCAGCUGGAGAUGGCGCGACUCAUCCAGGCAGUGGUCAACAGGGCCACCAACAACGAGACGAACGACGUGCAUGUGGAGUUCAACUCGCCCAACAUUAUGUCCAUUAACUUGCCCGUACACGUGAUGACCGCCGCCGUGCGUCCGCCCUCUGCAGCGGCGGCUGCUGCUACUCCCACAUCUGCUGCACCGGAAGAGGCCUCUGCAGACAAUUCCUCACCAGCUGGGAACGGAGAAGCCGGUGCAGCCUCCACAUCAAGCGGCACACGCAGCGGAGAACAGCGCGCCAAUACUUUACCGACUACGUCCACCCAAACACGGUCCACUUCGCGGCCCCAGAUUCAGAUUGGCGGCAACAACAAUUGGGGCAGCCGCAUCGCACCCACGCACACGGCCUUCGAUCGCUUCCUACCCUGCAACAGUCAUCAUAUUCGGGAGCCGGAACCACAGAAUAACAACAACGCAUCGGGCAGCUCUAACAACAAUCGCAGCACCGCCGCCGCCCCCGCUGUGGGAACCGCCGUCGUGCUGCCGACAUCCACAGUUGGUGCACGUCCUGUCACCUCUGAUCGCAUCCACCGUGGCGGUGCCAACGUACGUUCGACAUGGCCGGCGCGGCGCAUGCGACCCUCUAGCGAGCAGCUCCGGCCAGCAGCCUGGGCUCGGGCGUUUUUGCAAUCGCAGACGCAGGUCCCGACUUUGAUUCACGUUGGUGGUGGCAGCACCAGCGGGGCCUUGUCCGGAGCCGGGAGAGUUCGCCCCUUCGGAUUAUCGCACAGCCUUCGCGAUAGGCAGGCGGCAGCGGCUAUUCGAACGGCCCUCGUUGGUGGUGGCAGCACCAGCGUGGGUGGCCUGACGACGAUACGGCGGGGCCGCAUUAAUCCCACCGGCCACCACCGCCAGAACAGACUAUUUCCCCUCCUAGCUAAUUUAAUGAUUAAUAUGAGAAAUAAUGCGCCAACAGCUCCGGCAGGCAGCGCCCCAGUCGCCCCAGAAGGAGUGACCCCAGCGGCGUCGGCUACGGCCUCGGCCCCAGCCCCAGCUCCAGCCACCAUCCCAGCAGCUGCUCCAUCCCAGGCGGCUCCUUCAACGCCCAUUAUCAGUGCGCCCGCUCCCGCCCAACCCGCCGCGGAUUCGAGCGACCUGCGCGCCCAGUUGUGCAGCUUCCUCAACGACAGACUGUUCGCCGGGGUGCCCAUCAACGAGCAGACCAUCCCCGCGGCUCUCGAUCGCGCCCUGGAGUGGUUCGGCGACAGCCUAAUCUACCUGGCGCAGUACGAGCGGCCAAAAUACAUCGCUAGGGACUCGGUGUGCAACGUUCUACGGUACAGCUUUCGACGAAUUAUUGAGCUCUGCAGUGAAGCUCCGGGCACCAGUUCGGACGCACAGUUCAAGGACAGGCUCAAAAAUACUCUUCUCACGUUCCGCAUGACCCUCUUUAGCGUCCUCAUAUUUUGCCUGGGCUAUGCCAAUGCCGAGCUCUACUGGCGCCAGUUGAUGCGCCUCCUGUCCACCCCACUGCGGUCCAAUUUCCGCGACGAAGCCCUUCAGUUCUUGUGCAUCUACAUUGAUCCGAGAAAUCCAGAUGACUUAAAUCCUGAGCUGAUAAACAGCAUGAGUGCAAUGCAGUUUCUUGUCCUCCGCACGCCUGAAGGCCCACCAGCUUCGGCAGAGACAGAACAGCAACAGCAGCCGCAGCAUCAAGCACUGGACACCGACGUGGAAAUGACUGAAGUGCCUGCCACCAGUAGCAGUAGCACACCAGGAGUAGCGGCAGACCCCCUGCCCGCCGUGAUUGUGGGCUCAGAACCUUGGCACAUGAGUUUCCCUAACGAAUGGUUGCCUGUGAUAACGCGUGACUUGCAGACACAGACUGAGAACGAUCGCCCCCAGCAGCCUUACUCCGAUGCCUAUAUAUCAGGGAUGUCGGCCAAGCGCCGCAAGAUUAUCCAGUCGGAUAAGCCGACAGCCACUGUAGAAUGUUUGAUUGCUAGUGGCGUCCAGCGGGCCAUUCAGAGCGCCGGCUUGGGAGCUAAUGGAAGCAGCAGUUCCUCUAUCAAUACAGACUCCGUGAUCGGUACCAUUGCCCACGAUGCCGCCAUUCAGGCCUCGUACACGGAUGCGGUGCGCAACAGUGUCCGGGAGCGGAUCAAGCAGGACGUUGACUACAAGCCCAGCAAGUACCCGCAGAUAACCAAGUUCGCCGAGCAGAAGUAGAGGAUGGAGAGGAGUAGCGCCCUUGGCCAACUAGUGCUUGUUGUACAUUUUACUUUAAUGCAUUGUAUUUAAUUUAGUUAAUAGCUAAGUUUUGUUUAAAUCCAACGAACGACGACCUUGAGGCGACAUUGACACAUUGAGAGGGUCUUUAGCAAAUCCUUCGACCUAUAUAGAAUAAUAAUAUCCAACUGAUAUGUAAUCAUGAAUACCCACACCUUACAUACACACACACCACACACUAUGGGACACGAAUGGCAGAGCCCAGACGAAAAAGCUUAGGGGCUGCGAUAAAGGAGUAAAAUAAACACACUUAUUAACC